AGGGGGCCCGAGCGGCGGGCCCGUGAUCUACCCCGCGGGCUGUUGUGGCGCGGGGUUUGGCUGCCGCUGGGGGGGUACUGGGUUUGCGGUCAUCAUGGGCGAGACCGAGAAGCUGUACUAUGUGUAUAGCUGCGACCUGGACAUGAACGUGCAGCUGAAGAUAGGAAGUCUGGAAGGGAAAAGAGAACAGAAGAGUUAUAAAGCUCUCUUGGAAGAUCCAAUGCUAAAGUUCUCAGGACUGUAUCAAGAGACUUGUUCUGACUUGUAUGUAACUUGUCAGGUGUUUGCAGAAGGGAAGCCUCUCGCUCUUCCAGUUAGAACUUCCUACAAAGCGUUUAGCACAAGAUGGAACUGGAAUGAAUGGCUGAAACUGCCUGUGAAAUAUCCAGACUUGCCUCGCAAUGCUCAGGUGGCUCUAACCAUCUGGGAUGUGUAUGGGCCUGGUAAAGCAGUUCCUGUGGGAGGAACAACGGUCUCGCUCUUUGGGAAAUAUGGUAUGUUUCGUCAAGGAAUGCAUGAUUUGAAAGUCUGGCCCAAUGUGGAAGCUGAUGGCUCGGAACCUACCAGAACUCCUGGGAGAACCAGCAGCACAGUCUCUGAAGAUCAAAUGAGCCGCUUGGCAAAGCUCACGAAGUCUCAUCGACAAGGUCACAUGGUGAAAGUGGACUGGCUGGACAGACUGACCUUUAGAGAAAUAGAAAUGAUCAAUGAGAGGGAAAAACGAAGUUCUAAUUUUAUGUACCUGAUGAUUGAAUUCCGUUGCGUCAAGAGUGAUGAUAAAGAAUAUGGAAUAGUUUACUAUGAAAAGGAUGGUGAUGAGUCAUCCCCAGUUUUAACAAGUUCUGAAAUUGUUAAGAUUCCAGAUCCACAAAUGUCUAUGACAGUGCCUAAGUACAGUUCUAGAAAAGAUUUCCAUUAUUGUGGAUGCCAAUUCAGUGGGACUGGUAUUGGCAGCUUUGGGAACCUUAAUGAGAACUUAGUAGAAAGCAAACAUCACAAGCUUGCUCGAAGUUUAAGAAGUGGACCUUCUGAUCAUGAUCUGAAGCCUAAUGCAGCUACUCGAGAUCAGCUUAAUAUCAUUGUGAGUUAUCCACCAACAAAACAGCUAACAUACGAGGAACAGGAUCUAGUUUGGAAAUUCAGAUAUUACCUUACUAACCAGGAGAAGGCCUUGACAAAAUUCUUAAAAUGUGUUAACUGGGACCUACCACAGGAGGCAAAGCAAGCUCUGGAGCUACUGGGCAAGUGGAAACCAAUGGAUGUGGAGGACUCCUUAGAACUUCUGUCAUCUCACUUCACAAAUCCAACAGUUCGACGAUAUGCUGUUGCUAGACUUCAGCAGGCUGAUGAUGAGGAUUUACUAAUGUACCUGCUGCAGCUAGUCCAGGCAUUGAAAUACGAAAACUUUGAUGACAUAAAAAAUGGACUGGAACCCAGCAAGAGGGAUAGUCAAGGUUCAAUGUCAGAAAGCAUGACAACAUCUGGAACUAAUGGUACAGAAAUAGACAGUUCCCAGAUCAUGACUCCUAUUCCACCUGUCUCCUCACCACCUCUAACUUCAAAAAUGAAGGAACCUGCAGACAAUGAGAACCUUGAUCAAGACCUUUGCACUUUCUUGAUAUCACGAGCAUGCAAAAAUUCUACGUUGGCAAACUACUUAUACUGGUAUGUAAUUGUGGAAUGCGAAGACCAAGACACUCAGCAGAGGGACCCAAAGACUCACGAAAUGUACUUAAAUGUGAUGAGAAGAUUUAGUCAAGCCUUGCUAAAGGGUGAUAAGUCUGUCAGGGUUAUGCGUUCAUUAUUGGCAGCUCAGCAGACAUUUGUGGAUCGGCUGGUUCAUGUAAUGAAAGCAGUGCAGCGUGAAAGUGGGAAUCGUAAGAAAAAGAAUGAGAGGCUUCAGGCAUUGUUAGCAGAUAAUGAAAAGAUGAAUUUAGCAGAGAUGGAACUUAUUCCUCUUCCUCUGGAACCUCAGGUGAAAAUUAAAGGAAUAAUCCCUGAAAAAGCCACACUCUUCAAGAGUGCCUUAAUGCCUGCUCAGUUAUUCUUCAAGACGGAAGAUGGAGGCAAAUAUCCUGUAAUUUUUAAGCAUGGAGAUGAUUUACGUCAGGAUCAACUUAUUCUUCAGAUUAUUUCACUUAUGGAUAAGCUGCUAAGAAAAGAAAAUUUGGAUUUGAAACUGACGCCAUACAAAGUGCUGGCAACUAGUACAAAACAUGGCUUCAUGCAGUUUAUUCAGUCAGUGCCAGUUGCAGAAGUUCUUGCUACUGAGGAAAGUAUACAGAACUUCUUCAGAAAGCAUGCACCUAGUGAGACUGGACCUCAUGGAAUAAGUGCAGAGGUGAUGGACACGUAUGUUAAGAGCUGUGCUGGUUAUUGUGUAAUUACUUACAUCCUUGGAGUUGGAGACAGACAUCUGGAUAAUCUUUUACUAACAAAAACAGGAAAACUAUUCCACAUUGACUUUGGUUAUAUUUUGGGUCGGGACCCUAAGCCUCUACCUCCCCCAAUGAAGCUGAAUAAGGAGAUGGUGGAAGGCAUGGGAGGCACACAGAGUGAACAGUACCAGGAGUUCCGUAAGCAGUGCUACACAGCCUUUCUCCAUCUCCGCAGGUACUCCAACUUGAUCUUGAACUUAUUUUCCCUUAUGGUGGAUGCCAACAUUCCAGAUAUUGCUCUUGAGCCUGACAAGACUGUAAAAAAGGUACAGGACAAGUUCCGUUUGGACCUUUCUGAUGAAGAAGCUGUCCAUUAUAUGCAGAGCUUAAUUGAUGAAAGUGUCCAUGCCCUCUUUGCAGCUGUGGUGGAACAAAUUCAUAAGUUUGCACAGCUACAGCUGCAGGCUUCCACUUGCAAGAACACUGGAUGCUUAUCGGUGUGAGGAUACAAAAAGAAUAGUCACAGAUGAAUUGGCAGUUGAUAAGUAUUAACAUUCUGGAGACUGUAUUUAAAAAAAAAAAAGCUCACAAAAAAAUCAACAAAAUGAAAUGUGUAAGUUUAUUCUCUUUAUAUUACAAGCGAGGUAGGACACUUCGUAGUGAUAUUUACUAAUUCAGUAGUCAAACUCUUCUGUCUUCUUUUUAAGUAUUUGCUGGUGAGGUCUUCCGAGUCUGUAAAUCGUUGAACAAAUGAACAAUUAAUGCAUAAUUGAAUUUGCCGCAAAGUGGUCACCUUACAGAAUGGCUGGUUGAAGCUUUCAGUUUGUUUGUGUACAAUACUGUAUUGAAUUGCUGAUGACCUUUCCCUAAAAAGUCAUAAAAAUUGUCUCACCAAAAAAAAAAAAACGAAAAAAAAAACACCUAUGCAGUGAAUGAGGUCCAAAAACAACACAAUUUUCCAUUUCUGAAAUGCCCUCAAGUAUGUAUAUAUAUACCUAAUAUAUAUAUUAGGUAUUUAUCAAUAGGUAUUUUAUCAAUAGGUAUUUAUUCUCGUACUGCCUCCGAAAUAGCCCUUUAGGGAGUCUGUGCUUUCCACUGCAACAGUUAAGAGCUUUUUAAUAAGGUUGGUUGUUGCAAUAACCAUUGUAUAUGAACACUCUAUAUGUCACUCUGUAGGUAGUAGUGUUCUUCUGUAAAAUAGACUAGGUAUUUUGGCAUCAGCGUGGUAGGGUUCUAUUGUAAUAUUGUUGUGAAUUAGAUUCAGUUCAAAGCUCUGCUGUGAAGCCUUUAGUUUCUAAUGUGUUAUUAGGUAUUUUACAGACCUUUUUAUGUGGUAUUUAUUCAUAAUGGUUAUCAACGAACUGUUGUCUCGAUGUAAAUAAAUUUAAUCUUUAGAAUAAGUAAAUGGUGCUGUACUGCACUGCUUGAGAUGAGAAAAAGUGCAUACUAAUCUCAGUUGAUGCUAAUAAAGACUGGAUAGCUAUUUCUCCCCGAAACAUUGCUUUCAUUUUAGCAUUAUUUCUGUAGAAGGGGGAAACAAUCUCCAGUUGGAGUAACUAACUUCACAUUUUUUCCUUGUGAAUUUACAACUCAGAUCAGUUGUAUCCUGGGCUUAUAUUAAGCACUGACAUUUAAAAAGGGAAAACUUGGAAGAUGAAGAGUGUCCCACCUAAAAUGUAUUUGUGCAGCUGGGAUUGCACUAAUGGCUCUUGUCUGUUAAGGAGCAAACUCAAUUUAGACUGUAAAUGUGAAGAGGAUUAUGGGUAUCCCCAAGCUGUGUUCCCAGUACUGCUACAUCCCAGAAUGUAGUAGUGAUUCUUUUUACUCAAGACAGUGCUUCUGGUUUUAUCCUUUUGGUGGAGCCAGUCUUACUUGUCAAAAUAAAACAUGGAAUAUCUACCACUAGAACUGUGUUAAUUGCAUGAUACUAUUUGUCCAGUGCCAGAUAGAGUUGGUUUCUAAGUUGUCUGUUCUCUUGAAGGAUUGUGAAAAUCCUUUUUAGGCAGCAAUUUUCAGUGUCUUUCAAACUUGGAGUUCAAUUUACACUUAACUUUGGUUUCUAAGAGUAGCAAAGGUUGAACAAAUCCUUUUGUGUUUUUU